UACCAAUACAUUGCGUUGUAUACAUUUCAGAGGGUGACAUAUGUGUUGUUGUCAGCGAAUGCAGAUUAAAUAUGCACGAUUUAGGCCGAUGACGUUUCCGACCAACACACUAAAUACCUUCAACAUCCGAGAUUCUCGAAUUUGCAACCCCAUCGCCGCGAGACCAACGCCACCACAAAUAUUUCCGUUUUCUUUAUGAGCAUGAACAUGUCCAGCUAAGGCCCAACUCUCUGAAGCAUGGGUCACUUUUGCCGCAUGGUCCUGCGCUAUUCCCCGCCACCACUCAGCAUCUAAAUAUAUUCCUCUCGACUAGGUUUCCUGCUCUCCCCUCUCCUCCCCUCUACAACAGCUUUCACAACAACCAUGUUCCAGUCAUUUACUGGAAAGGUGCGACGACCACGGCAGGUCAACCUCUCAAACAGGCCAACUAUCCCUUCUACACACUCUUCCGGACGUCAUGGCUCCGCCGGCCAGGGCCCGCAGGCAACCCUCGCCCUCGCUCAGCAGGAACGCCGCCAGCGACGACUAGACAGAGAGCGCUUGCAGGCAAGCCGCAUUCUACAACGGACAUGGAGAGGAUACAAGGCCCGAAAAGCAAUCAAAGAUGCUUGGAGAAUAGAGUGGGAUAAUGUGGAACGAAAUAGAGGCUCCGAUGUCAUCCCCGGUUCGGAUGUAGGAGCCCCAGUGUGGAUGGGUUCGCUGCGGCCCUACACGAAUCCUACGGAUUGCUUGUCUCAACUUAGGAAACUGUUGCGUUUUGUUUCGAUUAAGGAUCAGGAUGACUGGUCCCGGCUAUCAUAUUUUGCAAAAUCUUUCCAAAUGACUCUGGAAGAGGCUCCGGUUCUGCAGCCUGACGGAGAAUGGCCGCUCACACUUGGCCGCCUCGGAGGAGUUGCACUUCAGUUCCUUGCCAUAAUACCCUCGUCGAUACCAUCUCUAUCGUUGGUUAACGAUCUCCUCCAGCUUAUAUCGUUUCUGUCUACCUUGAUACCCACUCAGAUGACUCGACAGGCUGAACAGUAUUAUUCUGCUCUAGCUGCUAUAGCUCUCAACCUCCAGUCCUCCCCAUUGAAUACUAGUCAAACCAGAGACAUGGUGGUGAAAAGCGUACUCGCCCUCCUUCAACCGAUCACAUCGGAAACUCUCGAUGCUUAUGGGUGGUUCGGACGAGUCUUCUUAACAAUUCCGUCUCUUGACCGCCAUCUUGGAGCGCUAGGUGACCUAGCCACUGGGAUAAACUAUAAACUUCUGGCUUCCGCGAUAGAUUCACAUAUCCUACCGUUCGCAGAUUUCUUUCUCCAGUCAACGGAUGUGGACAAACGAUUGUGGCUGCUCUCCUAUUUCAUCUUCUUCCAUCGACACGCUCAGGGUAAUGGUGUGGUCAAGCAGGCUCCAGAGACUUUGUUUGUUAAGGUCGUGUCCGGCCUACUCGGUCCAGUUUCUGGUGACAUAUCUCGUCGGCUUGAUGGCGAGGAAAAGUCCCAGGCUAGGCUUCUUCCUCCGUUCGUUCGAAACCAACUCCUCACCCUAGUCGACCAGCACAGCAUCACACACCUUCUAGGCCAGGCAGCAUCAAGUCGGGUUUCAACUAAGAAAGCUUCUCAGCUACACUUACAGGCGUCGGAUGAUGCAAAAGCCCUAGCAGCCUAUGCGCUAACGCUUUUAAGAGCAUUUCCCAAGAGAGGUGACGAAAUACGCAUGUGGCUUUACUUAGGUUCCGCGAUGGAAACAGGAGUAGAUGGGGGUUCAGCGUCUGGUCGAUUGCCUGCUAUCAAGUACUUUUGGAACGCAUCUAGAUCAACAAAGGUAUUUCUAAAUAUAACGCAAAAGCCGCGCGAUGUCCUGGCAAUGCUUCAAGCAGGCUCUACACUUAGCUCCCAAGGCGCAAGUCCAACAGUCCAACAAAGCAGCGAUCAAGAUCAAGAAUGGACAAUCAUUCUCCUGUUUCUUGAGCUUUAUACUUUUCUUCUCAAAGUUUUGGACGAUGAAGAAUUCUUUUCUGCCACUCCUUCGCUAGGAAGAACUACAAACUCGAAUGCUUCCUGGACACAGGAGAGUGCUUUACCACUUGAUGAUGUUAAGAGUUUGACGCUUUUCUUGAAGAACUUGGCGUUCACACUAUAUUGGAAUGCGGCGGAUUUGACCUCUGCGAAUGUAGAUACCACUGACCCCAGCGGCAUCCGAAAUUACUUCAGUACCCGUUUUACGAAACUAGAGCCGGAAUCCUCAACCCUAAAAUCCAAGAGCGGAACAUUAAUGAGCGUUACUGGCAUACCUCUAGAAUAUUUCAAAGGAUUAGUGACGGGAUUGUUACGCAUGGUACACGAAAGAGACUCGAGGCGGAAAUUUUUGCCUGACGGCCAUUGGCUUAUGGUCGACCGCUUAGAUAUGGAAGGGUUCAUUCCUACGGUCGUCGCUGAGGAGGAAAAUAGAAAUCAGCUCCAAGAUGAUGACGAUGACGAUGAUGACAAUGAGGAGACGCCAGAUGACACAAUGGAUGACGAUUAUGACCACUCCCGGGGCUUGAUAGGGACCGGAAGGGCUCAGCAGCUUCGCCGAAUCGAAGAGCUUAGAAAGCGACAACAGCAAGUCGCACGGAGGAAAGAGCUCGAGGCUGUUGCCCCGCGGCUGGAAAUUUUGAGGAACAUACCAUUUUUCAUACCUUUCGCCACCCGUGUGCAGAUAUUCCGGGAGUUUAUCUUUAGAGACCAAGUUCAGAGAAGAAGGGGGUAUAUCGACCCCGACUCCUGGCGCUUAUCUGUUGCUCAUAGCCUGAUGGGAUUGGGCAGUGACGGUAGGCCCAUAGGACAUGACAUCUUGAACAAGCAUCAUGCGAACAUAAGACGAGAAUCGCUGUUCCAGGACGCGUUCGAACAGUUCUACGAGCUAGGGGACGGUUUGAAGGAACCGAUACAGAUUUCAUUUAUCGACAAAUUUGGCACGCCAGAAGCAGGAAUCGAUGGUGGUGGUGUCACCAAGGAAUUUCUCACGAGCGUGAUUAAUGACGCCUUCAAUCCAUCGGGUGCCUCCAGCCUUUUUAUCGAAAACGAUCAGCACCUAUUGUACCCGAACCCUACACUCAUAGAACAGCGAAAGGCUGAGCUUCGGCGACAGGGAAUUCCCGACAGAAGCGUCACCAUGAAUGCAGAGGUUAAAGAAUUAUUGAAGCGGUACGAGUUUCUAGGUCGUAUCAUCGGGAAAUGUCUUUAUGAGGGGAUUCUGGUGGAUGUCAGCUUCGCGGGGUUCUUUCUUUUGAAAUGGGCCCUGACUGGAGGGACGAGCUCGGCGCGCAAAGAGUCUUCGUAUCGUGCUAAUCUCAAUGACGUGCGGGAUCUCGACGAAAGCCUAUACCAGGGACUGCUCCAACUAAAAAACUACCCUGGAGACGUCGAAGACUUCUCUCUAAACUUCACUCUCACAGAUACUAUAGACAUUCCCAUUGAAAAACCUGACGGCACCACCGAGACAAUCACAGAAAGCAUAACCAGAGACCUAAAGCCACACGGCUCCGAGAUCCCUGUGACAAACCAAAACCGACUCGUCUACAUCUCCUACAUCGCCCGCCACCGUCUCCAAGCACAGCCCUACCAACAAACCAACGCCUUCCUCCAGGGCCUCGGCACCAUCAUCCAGCCCUCCUGGCUAUCCAUGUUCAACCAGUCCGAACUCCAAACCCUCAUCGGCGGAGACGCGGGGGAGAUCGACGUGGCCGACCUACGGCGUAACACCGUCUACAGCGGCGUCUACGUGAUCGGCGACGAUAACCAGGAACACCCCACAAUCAAACUAUUUUGGGAAGUGCUACACGCGAUGACGAACGCAGACAGGCAGAAGGUGCUCAAGUUCGUGACGUCGACGCCCCGCGCACCGUUGUUGGGAUUCAGCCAUUUGAAUCCGCGGUUUAGCAUACGCGAUUCGAGCGCGGAUGAGGAGCGCUUACCCAGCACGAGUACGUGUGCGAAUUUGCUGAAGUUACCGCGGUAUACGCGGCGGGAUACAUUGAGGGAGAAACUGAUGUAUGCGAUUAAUGCGGGGGCUGGGUUUGAUUUGAGUUAAGCUGAACAACUGAGGUGGAGGGUUGUAGUUUUGGGUCCCAUUUUACUUUUCUUUCCUUUCAUUUUCUUUCGCCAUAUAUACUGGGGGUAAUCGUUCUGCGAAGUGCAUUUGGGCUUUCAUUUCAUUUCAAUUUUUAGUCCUUCCCCCUGACGGCAUUAUUAGACAUCAGACUAGCACGAGAGACUAGUGACUAGUUAGUGGCGAUUUUGCUGAAGGCUAUUUGUAGUUAAACGCAAUUAUUUAAUUUUUUUCCCCCGCUAUAAUGACAGAGGAGCUGAUUCCUUUCUUCCUCCACUUUUCAUUUUCUCCUGCAUUUGCUGCCCCACACAGCGACUUCCUCUCCCCUGGUUCUGAUAGACAGACAUCAAACAUCAAGCAUCGGACAGUACACUAUUUUCCUAUUUCUUGAGCUCCCCCCCUUUCCCCCUCCUCCUCCCCUUUUUCAAAUGAAUUCAUCAACGGUUGGUUAAGUCAGCCAGGACAAUACACCAUUAACCUUUGGACUGAGGUGUUCCAAAUUUCAGGCCGGGGCUACCAGUGUUCCACUAUUUCCGUCAAACUAGCUACAGAUGACAUAAAUUAUUAAAUGUACAGUACAUACAUGUACAAACGCAGGGUCAUAAGGCAGGUGGUGGUGGGUGUGAUACUUAAUAGAAUUAGGGUUAACUACAUACCAAGUUACAGAGUCAAUGAGAGUUUGACAUCUCUGGAGAGAGCAACCAAUAAGAUGACUCCACCACCCGCGCUACUUUGAGCCUCCUUAUUCACGUGAUAUUAAACUCUAUUUUGCUAUACCACAUGGCAAG